AUGAAUCAGUUGAAAUUUAUUAGAUCAAAGAGUACUACAAGGCCAAGUCCCUUGAAAAGAAUCCAUUAAAAAUUAAGAUAAGUUUAGAAACCUGGAAAACUGAAUGUUAGUGUAGGAAAGAGUAGGUAAACCUCUGAAAAUAAAGAAACAUUACAAAUGUCAACCCCGAAAGAAAAAGUAUAAAGAAUACUUCAAUUAUUAUCAAAUCAUUAAAAAAAUAAUUAAGGAACAUAUUUAGAAACUCCUGAAAGAACUUAGAAGGCUUUUCCUUUAUCACAUGAAAGAAAGUUAUUCAACGAAUCUAUGAAACUUCAAGAUUCCGCUUACGGAUUCUAUACACACAAUAUUUAUCACUAAUAGACAUAGAAUGAUUAAAUCAGUAAUCAGUUGCCUUAAAUGGAAGAAAGCACUAUAACAGAAAAAAUAGAUGCCUUUUAAUUAAAAUUUUUGAAAAUGAAUUCUUAAGAUUAAAUUACUUCUGAUCAACAAUCCCCACCAGCUAUUGUAUAUGGAAAUACAACAAUUUCAUAAUUCAAUCAAAAUAAAGAAAUAUUAAAAUAAAGCUUUUAAAUUAAUUAACAACAAAAUAAAGAUUAAAAAUAUUAUAAUUCUUAACAGCAUCAAUAAUUCUUUUCAAAGAAUAUUCCAUAAAGCCAAUAUCACUCUCGAAAAAAUUCUAUAAAAAAUCAAUAAAAGGAGAAUUUAAAUGGUUAAAUAUCUAAAGAAUCAGCAUCGGCUACAAAUACUGAUUAUAACGAAAUUAUUUUGGAAAUCUAUCCUUAAUUUUUGAAAUAAUAUCAAUAAAAUGCAAAUACAAAGAAAAUGAUUAACGAAAAAAAUGAGCAGCAUUGUCCUACAAAAUUAAGUACUAAAUCUCCUUAAUAAGUUAAAAUGUAUAGUGAGUUAUUAACUGAUAAAUCUUUAGUUUUAAUUUCACCAAAAACAGUGAAAGAUAUUGAAAUGUAAACUAGUUUUACUUAACCUAUUAAUAAAUCUUAGGAAAAUGUUGAAAAGUAAUCAAUAUAAACUUAAUUUGAUACAGUGAAUGCAUCUGUGUAGACAAAAUAAAAAAAAAAGAAUCUUGGAUUAUUUUAAUAUCAAUUUUCAUAUCUUUCACCAUAAAACAACAAAAAUCGUUAAGAUAUUGAUUUAUUAUCUUUGGGGGAUUUCUAAUCAGAAAUUUUACAUAGAACCUAAAGCGAUUUUGAAAGAGAUUUUCAUUCUGGGAAUAAAAAAAAAUAGGAGAUGCAAAUUUCAAAAAUAAAAGAUUUUAAUAUAAAUCCGUAAACAACUUAAAGAAAACAAUAAAGAUAGUAGUAAAAUGAUAGAAGGUAUAUAUUUAUAAUUACUAAUUAGAUCAUUUUUGAUGAAUUAAAAAAGCAAUGUAUAUUUAUCUCGAGAGUAAUUGUUAGAUCCAUAAGAGGAUAAUCAUCAUCAUCCUUAUUAUUUAUAAGCAGAACCAAAGGAGAUGAAUUCGAAUUUUUAUUUAUAAUAAGUCAAGCCAGAUUUUGUAUCUUUAGAAAAUUCAAAAUAAAGUAGUGCAAAUAUAUCAAGCAAUAAAUUAGAAAAGGGAUCUUCAUUUUUGAGCACAUAAUGUUAUAAAGAUCACUUAAACAUUUUGUUAAGCUAAUCUUAAUAAGGGAAUGUGAGGGCAAGUUAACAUGAUCCUUACUUAAAUUAAAGCAGUUCAACAAAAAAUAAAUAAAAAUACUCUUUGAGGACAACUUCUAAGAGUAAUCAAAAAACGAAGAAAAAAUAAAACUGCUUAAAUACUAAAAAAUGA